CCCGGGCUCGGUGGCUUUGCCUGCUCCUCGGCGGAAAGGAUUCUCCCAGUUGAUGAAGUGAUUUGUGACCCCCAGAGAACCCCAGUUCUUGCUGUAGAGGUUGCUGAAGAAUCGCAAACGGAGGUCUGCUGGCCAUGGGCAACCUGAUAAAGGUAUUGGGCAAAGAUUUAGAAAACUGUCCCCAUUUUUUCCUGGAUUUUGAAAAUGCUCAGCCCACGGAAGCCGAGACAGCUGUGUGGAACCAGGUGAAUGCUGUGCUGGAGGAGGCACAGGCUAUCUUGGCAGAACUGCAGUCCUACACUGGAGCCGGCCAAGAGAUUAGAGAGGCAAUCCAAAACCCCAGUGACUUGCAGCUCCAAGAGAAGGCGUGGAACGCUGUGUGUCCCCUGGUGGCAAAGCUGAAGCGUUUUUACGAGUUCUCUCUUAGGCUCGAGAAUGCCCUGAGGAGCUUGCUGGAGGCUCUCACCAGCCCACCCUACGCACCGACUCAGCACCUAGAGAGGGAACAAGCCUUAGCCAAGCAGUUUGCGGAAAUCUUACACUUCACUCUCAGUUUCGAUGAGCUCAAGAUGACCAAUCCGGCCAUCCAGAAUGACUUUAGCUACUACAGAAGAACUAUCAGUCGAAACCGAAUCAACAAUCUGCAGUUAGAUGCUGAAAGUGAGGUCAACAAUGAAAUGGCCAAUCGGAUGUCACUGUUCUAUGCAGAGGCCACACCGAUGCUGAAAACUCUGAGCAACGCCACAACCAAGUUUGUUUCAGAGAACAAGACUCUCCCGAUAGAGGACACAACUGACUGUUUAAGCACCAUGGCGUGUGUCUGCCGGGUGAUGCUGGAAACACCGGAAUAUCGGAGCCGGUUCACCAACACUGAGACUCUCCUCUUCUGCAUGCGAGUGAUGGUGGGGGUCAUCAUUCUCUAUGAUCAUGUCCACCCUGUGGGGGCUUUCGCCAAGACCUCCAAAAUUGACAUGAAAGGAUGCAUCAAGGUCCUGAAAGACCAGCCCUCCAACAGCACAGAAGGCCUUCUGAAUGCACUGAGGUACACCACCCGGCACCUCAAUGACGACACCACGUCCAAGCAGAUCCGCGCUUUGCUGCAAUGAACAAUGAGCACAGGGGCAGGCCAUUUACCAGAGACCAAGAAGAGAAUGACUUCACAGAACCUUCCGCAGAAAUUUUAAUGUUGACGUUGCUAUAAAUAACCAUUGGGCAUCAUAUUCCUCAUUUUGUAAAAAAAAAAGAUGAAG